AUGGCCAAGGGUAGGUGGCUUGUCUCUUUGGGGUUCGCCUUUGCAGUGUGGUGCACCUCGGUGCAGGUGUGGGUACGCAUAGAGUGUCUUCUGCUGCGCCGGUGUCGACAGCUGACUUUGCUCGCUGGGUGUUGGUGCACGCGCGAGGCAGGUCUACGACGAAUGCAGCAGCUCAUGCGCUCAUGCGACUGCAUUCUGGAGAUUCACGAUGCCCGAUUGCCCAUGACAGGCCGAAAUCCCAAGUUUGAUCACUUGGCCGGCCUGCCGCGCAUUCUUCUGCUGAACAAGGCGGAUCUCGCUGACGCCUCGCGCGAAGACGCGCCCGAGUUACGCUUGUUGAUCGCGGGUAUCCCAAAUGUGGGCAAGUCCACACUCAUCAACGCCAUGCGCCAAACCUUCGCAGGGCGUGGCAAGUGCGCCAUCACGGGAGACCAACCUGGAGUCACUCGGGCCGUGCAAACCAGCAUUCGCAUCCACGAUGACCCGCCCGUGUAUGUCAUCGACACCCCUGGGAUCAUGCUACCAAACGUUGAGAACCCCGAUGAUGCCAUGAAGCUUGCUGCCAUUGAUGCGAGACUUUGGGUAGAUUCUUGCCGCGCGACCACCAUGCCAAUCACAAGAGCUGUCACAUUGGCUGACAGAGCACCACGCAUUGUCACCGCCUUUGCUUUUAGAUAUGUGGAGUACUUUGGAUUGCCAGGGCCCAGUGAUGAGCUGCAUGUUGUCCUUCCCUACGUGGCGCAACGUGUUGGCGCGCUGCGCAAAGUGUUGGAAGCGGCAACGAUUGACCACCUCUUGGAGGUUCUGACCGACUGCCUGCUCGCGGCCGAGCCUGCGGUCGUGGGGCAAAACGCGCCGAUUGUGGCGGGUCAUGCGGUGCUGCAGACACCGGACAAGCUGGAACAGGUGGAUCAGUUUCGGGCCAAGGCCAUGCGGCGCAAAUUGCUCGUUGACACCCAGCUUAAGACCACCGUGCAAACCCAGCUCGACGAUGUCCGCGAAAGCAUGGCCCUCCUAGCUCAAAUUGUGGAGCUUGAGGCCUGUCAGCGACACGUCGAAGAGCGCAUGGCGCAGUCUAGCCGCAUUACAACGACUGCCAAACGCACUGUUGCUGAAUAUUUUGAAGAGGCCAAUGCCUUGUCGGCCCGCAUGCACCAAGCGCUUUUGUUUGAGGCGAGUGACCCCAUCGGCUUGGUCAACGAUGAUCCUAAGCGUCUUGUCACCGCCCUCCGCAUCAUCGAACGGGAAGAGCGGAUGCUGAUGAAGGGACCGCUGACGUUGAAAACGGACGAUGACCGAGAUGCCUUGCUGGAAAAUUACGAGCGAGAAAAGAACAUUUUGGCAACUUUGUUUGAAGACUUUGACAUGGUCGAAGACGAGAACGGCGUGAAGACAUUUGUUCGUAACGACAUUGUGGCCAAGGAUCAGGCCGAAGGCAUUUCGUUCACCGUCGAAAACGGCGAGCGCUUCUUUCAGCACGUGGACAGUGGCAACACCAUUGAUUAUCUCAAAAAAGAGUAA